CUCUAGCUGCUUUUUACUCAGCCCUUGUCCUGAUAUCACUCCGCUGGCAUGGAGGAGGAGGAGAGCACUUGAUCAUUGUGAUGGUGGCAGGCAGCUGCGAGCGACCCCGCGGAUCGGCGUCUUUCGGGAUCUGGCUUUUGCGCGUUUCACCUCCGGGCUUUUGGACGGACUUGUUGGCGCUCGGGGGAUUUUCACGGGAAAAUGUGAAUGAGAUGCGAGUUCGCGAAACUACUCCGGAGCCCCUGCGCUGCGAACAACAAAACUUUUUCCUAAAGGACAGCACGAUAAAGCUGCGUGCUUGAAACAUUGUCCGCGAUGUGUGAUGAUCGCCUGUAACAUCGGGAUCUUCUGCCGAGUUAAAUGCAGCGAUCCGGUGCCGGUGGGAGCGAGUGAAGCACCGACCGCUGAGUUUGGUCAGUUGCGCUCCGCUAUUGUUGUCUGUUUUGCAGACCGACCAGAGUAUUGUUUUAAUGGUACUGAAUGAUUGAAUGACACAUUUUUCCCGAUGAGGGGAAGCGGCCGCCGCUCGUUUGCACUCUUUUGAAUCCCCUAUUUCUUCCCCCUGGAAUUACUUUUGCUGAAGGAGGCUUGAGAAAGUUCUUCCAAAAUACUGUGCACAGACUAUAUGAUGGGGGAUUUUGCCACCCCCGCUACUGCGAACGGCAGUAGUAUUUGCAUUAAUAACAAUAACAUAAACGGUGGCAUCGGAGCUGGAGGCAGCGGUAAUAAUGUGAUGCCUAAGCAUAGUACCGUGGUGGAGAGGUUAAGGCAGAGGAUCGAGGGCUGUCGGAGGCACCAUGUCAACUGUGAGACCAGGUACCAGCAAGCACACGCUGAACAGCUGGAGAUUGAACGCAGGGAGACGGUCAGCCUGUACCAGAGGAGCCUGGAGCAGAGGGUUAAGAAAUCCGCUCAUAAUAAGCAGCAAAACAAACAGCAAGACCCUGAGUCGGCAAGCACAACAGAACAGAGAAAUAGCACGCUGAUCGCGCUUCAGGAGACGGUGAAGAGGAAGCUGGACAGUGCUCGCUCACCUCUAAAUGGUGACCAGAAUGGCAUCUGCGAUGGGAACUUCUCGCCCAGCACAAAGAGACUUCGUAAGGAGGCGCCAAGUGGGGGUUUGGAUUCAUUGGUGCCACCUGUGUCACCCCUCCACCCAAUGGACAUUAAUCCUCCAAUGGCCCCGGCCAAUAGCACUAACAACGGGAGCAAUCAUGCCCCUGGGCGGCCCGAUGACUUGGGAAAGAAUGGGGGUCUGCCAGAUGUCAAGCUGAAUGGUUCCCUGGACCUAGAUGAUGGAUUCACACUUUUCAAAGACAUGAAACAGGAACCUCUUGACGACACUGCUGGCAUCGAGUCCUCUGACACCUCCUUGUCCAAUCAGAAGCUCUUCUCGGACAUCAACCUCAACGACCAGGAGUGGCAGGAGCUCAUCGACGAAUUGGCCAACACAGUGCCGGAGGAUGACAUGCACGAUUUGUUCAAUGAGGACUUCGAGGAGAAGAAGGAGGUGGAAUUUACACGGCCGGCAGUGCAGACGCCCCUUCCUCAAGACCCACCCCUAGCCCCGCCUUCCCAGAAUAGUCAGAUGUCUAUGGGUUCCCCUCAAGUCCGACCCUCUUCCUCUGGCCCCCAAUUCACCACAACAGCAAACGGUACCCCACCCCAGCAGUCUCCCGUGGUCGCCUUAGCCUCCGGCUCACCAGCUAAUUGCACAACCCAGUCACCACAGACACCCACACAGGCACAAACGCAACCCUCCAGGCCUGGAAACGGAUAUCUCAUGAACCCUGGCCCUGUGGUUGUACCUGGCUCUGCUCCCAGAACCGCUGGGACCCCAGGCCAAGGAGGGGGCGGUCCCGUCCCGGUGCCGACUUCAAGCUCCGAACUGACCCCGGCUGAGCAGCUGAAGCAGAUGGCUGCCCAGCAGCAGCAGAGGGCGAAGCUCAUCCAACAGAAACAGCAGCAGCAGCAGCAGACCCAAGCAGCUAGCUGGUCGCCCGCCAGGCCUCCCAGCAGUCCGUAUGGUGGGCCAUUCAAUUCCGACAAACCAAAUAGCCCCAUGAUGUACCCACAAGCCUUUAACACCCAGAAUUCUGUGGUGCCUGCUAUGGGGAACAACCCUCAGAAGGCCAUGAGCAACUACCUCCCACAGAACCCCAUGAACGUCAUCAACCAACAGCCCAACAGCAUGGGCCAAAGCACCAUGAGCAAGCAGCAAGGGGGCGUUCUCUCCUAUAGCAACACCAAGCCCCUGAGCCACUUCAACACCGUGGAUCAUAUUAGCCAGAGGAUGACCCUACCGGUAGCUAACCCUGGCAAGAACACCAUGAUGCCCUACAUGCAGUCCCAGGUGGGGCAGAACACAGGGCAGGCCCAGGGGCAGGUGCCUGGCCAGGUGGUCCAUCUGACUGAGGAGCAGAAGCGGAUGUUGCUUUUAAAGCAGAAGGUGUUGAAUCAGACCCUACCUUAUAAUUCCCUGCAGACCCAUGGACAGGAACAGAACAUGGUUGGUGUCCCACGGCAGCCUGGUGGGGUCCAGCCCUCACUCACUGGCCCAGGAGGCGUGGUGCCGGGGACCAAUGGCAGUGCGCCGGGAUACCUGGGCAACCCACAGCAGGCGGCCAUGAUGAAGCAGAUGAUGCAGAUGGAGCAGGAGAAGCGUGUGCAACUGCACCUGCUUGAGCAGCAGAAGCAGCAGGCUCUGCGUGAGCAGAGGCAGCAGCAGCUGCUGGCCGAGCAGUUACAGCAGCAGCACCCCAGGCAGCUGCCCCACCAGCAGAGAAGCCCUUACCCCGUUCAGCAGGUGACCCAGUUCCAGGGCUCGCAGCAAGAGAUGGCCGCCAGGAACCAGGCUCUCCAGAACAUCCGCAACGCCAGGCUGCUCCAGCAGCAGCAGCAGCCGCAGAAUCAAGGGAUGCUCCAGAUAGCACCGGUGCAGAAUUCCACCCCCAUUCCCGCGGGGGCCGGCCAGUCAGACAUGGGCGUGGCCUACACCGGCCAGCCGGCCGGUCAGCAGAGCAUGUACGGCCUAAAUGCCGGCGUCAACCAGAUACUACAGCACCCAGCCCAGGGAGGCGUGGGUAUGGCCCACAAUGCAACACAAGUGCAGAGGCAGCCUGGUAGCGGGCAUGCAGGGGGCAUGGUGAGCGGGUACGGACAGGGCAUGCUGAUGAACCCCGACAUGUCCCAGCAGCCCAUGAAGGGCCCCGCCAUCGCCAAGGGCCAGGCGCAGAGACUGCAAAGCAUGAUGGGAGGAGCCUCCCAGGCUUGGCAGCAGCAGCAGCAGCAGAACCUGCAGGCGACGGCGGGCCGGACUAGCGGGGAGAUGGCGGCCUUCAACGGCAGCCCCGUGUAUGCCAUGCAGGCUGGCCAGCCUCGUAUAGUCAAGCAGCACUUUCCACAGGCGGUGGGCCAGCCCAUGGUGGACCCCAGGGCCGUGAAUCCAGCCAUGGGAGGCCAGAUGAUGCGGACCAACCAACCACGGCCCGUAGCUUUGCCCGGCAUGGCGCAGGUCGUCCCCAACAUGGCCCCAUUCAGCCAGGCGCAGAGCCAACCAAUGGUGGCAGCCGGAGGCUCGUACAUGCAGGGCAGCCAGCCGCCCACAUACCAGCGGACACCCAGUCAGGACCUGUCGUACGGCUACAGCGGGCAGCCGUCUGGAGGCGGAGCCUAUAACCUGCCAGAGAGGGCGGAGCUGGACUCUGCAGAUGGCUGGAUGGACGAGUUCUUUUCCAGCCAAUAGCGGGCAGGCAUGGGUGGGGCUUCAAGUUGACUAUGGAUGGACACAAAGAGGAAGGAAGGACCUGGGUGAACGACAAAAGCUUUCAUUUUUUAAGAUGUUAAUGACCUGGAGAGAACAAAAAUGUGGCUUUUGUGCACCGUCAUGGUAUUUAAAAACUCCUCCUGAUGGGAAUGAAGUCUGUCAGGAGUUUAAUGGUUUUUCACACAGGAUGUUUAUUCGCGUUUUUAAUUUAAAAAAUGUCAUACUUCCCCCAGUUUCAAAUCUGCACUGCGAAAUCUGUAAAAUCUGAAUUAUACUUAAAUUCCGGGCACUGGAGGGGAAACAGCAAGCCGUUAAGAAAACUGUUGAUAUCUUUUGAUUGGGAUCACAGGAUCGUUCGCAGCAUCUGCAUCAUGCCACGUAGCUCGUCAGUUCGGAGUGUUUUUCCAUUCUGGGUCUCGUGGGGGUCAUUAAGUCGAAGCAUUCCCUGCAUUCCUAUCGGCAUGCAAGGCUUUGACUUUAAACCUGACGAUCCUUUGUUUACCCCAGAAGCUGUAGAAAACAUCAGGUGCUUCUCCUACCUGUAAUGAAUUUACCC